AUGGAAAAUAACAAGGACAUCACCUCAUCAUACAUCACCACUUGUGUUUUGAACGCUUUCUUAUCUUACAUCGCUGUUACAUUGAACUGUUUGACGAUCUACGCCUUAACAAAAGUCUCAUCACUACCAAGACCUUUAAAAACGCUGCUUUUAAGUCUGGCUGUUUCUGAUCUGGGUGUUGGUUUGAUGGUGCAGCCUUCGUACAUUGCGACUCUUGUCAUGGAAAUGGAGCAAAAAACUGAAAACAAUCCAGCUCAUAACAUAAGCGACCAAUUUUUAAGGUUUACGCUGAAUCUGUUUGGUUUUGCUUCAUUCCUCGGAGUAACUUUCUUAAGUUUGGAUAGAUUCCUAGCUGUUUACCUUCACCUCAGAUAUCAGGAACUUGUGACCCACAAACGUGUUUCUGCGGCGGUUUUU